CAAGCGCCUUGUAACGUUCGAUGGGCCGAAGCUGAGAGAAAUUUAGUGGAUUGAUAUUGUUCUCAACGAAAUAUUUACUGUUUCCAGUGAGCCGACGGAAGCCUGUUUCGGCAUAGUUCGCCUACGCUAAAUCCACCUAAAACACUGGAACGUAAUCCGAUCAUGAAUAUAGCCGAACGAAUGAAACGAUGGGAAGGCAAGGUUGCCGUAGUAACGGGUGCUAGUGGUGCCAUCGGCGCAGCUAUUUCAAAAGAACUAGUCAAAGCAGGAAUGAUCGUUUGCGCAUUAGCUCGGAGAAGGGACAAGGUGGAAAAACUGCGUGCCAGCCUGUUCGACGUGGCUGGAAACCUAAACUGCGUUGAGUGUGAUAUUACGGAAGAGUCCGACGUGAAGCAUGCCUUCGGAUGGAUUGAAGGAACCUACGGAGGAGUUGAUUUACUGGUGAACAACGCUGGCGUAAUCACAAAGUGCCUAUUGACAGAGAAAAAUAAUACAAAAGAUUUGUACACGACUAUGGAGACCAACAUCAUAGGUCUUUGUCUGUGCACCCGUGAGGCGGUCAAGUCGAUGAAGGAGCGGGAUGUCCAUGGUCACAUAAUCAAUAUCAACAGUAUAUUUGGACAUAAAGUUCAUCAGGCUGUGCCCGGAACAAGGCCACUCAAUGGCAUGUAUCCGGCUUCAAAAUAUGCAGUUACUGCUAUUACCGAAUGCAUUCGACAGGAGCUAGUCUUUUUGGAAAGCCAAAUCAAAGUAUCGAGUAUCAGUCCAGGGCUGGUGGAAGGAGACAUCGUUGCUAAUCAUACCUCUAACGAUAAUGAACUCGUAAAAUACAUGCCAAAACUUAAGCCCGAAGACGUCGCGGAGGCUGUAUUGUAUGCCAUAACGACGCCAGAUCAUGUUCAAAUACACGAACUGCUCAUCAAACCGAUGGGAGAGUUUCUUUAAUUUAAAGAAACCACAUUCAUUAAACUAUGACAAAAUUCGUUUUGUACGAUUCUAACAUUCAUCACAAAAAGCAUCACCGGAGGAGUAUGGUUUCGAAUGCCAUUUAUAUUUAUUUUAUAUUUUAUUUUUAUACUGCAAUAAAAGAAAAAUCACUCUGCUAAAAGUAA